AUGGACGCAUCGCUGCUUCAGCUUCGGCGAUCUCCAGCUGCUGUUGACGCAGUGCUGUUGGGAAGCGAUGCUUGCGUCUCCUACCACGCUGCCAACACCUUGAAGUAUGCUGUGCCCAAGGCUCAGCCCAGGCUCUUCAGCUGGCCUUACCUCUCGGACGCGCUCCGCGAGAAGGUGGCCUUGCAUGCCUGGCUCUCGGCCCUGUCACCUCCAAAGCACCUGCUGCUUGGCCGACAAAAGAUGUCGGCUUCUGGCUGGCGACCUGUCAAGAACGAAGCACUGGAAGCCAUCGCAUUGUACUUCAAGCUACUUCGCCUGCAAGGAGUCUUGAAGAUCUACAUCGCAUCUAACGAGCUACCAAGCGGUCCCCACUUCUCCUUGGACGUGGCGGCUGCUUUCCUGUCGGCACUGCAGGCCGUGAGUUUAAGAUCUUUCGAUGUCGGCCUCCUGGCUGCCUCGGUGGAGGCACAGCAGAAGGCACAGCGGCGGUUUGCUCGCUUCGCAUUGCUUCCCUUGCUUCGGGCGGCCGCCGCAGAGGUGCACUGGGAUUGCUUGAUUGCUUGCGCAAACUGCGAGUUUUCAGAGAAGUCCACCGACUGGCAAGCGGCCUGCGCGGAGGUGGCCCUGGCAAUCUCAGCACGCGGAGACUGGGAUUUGGCACUCCAGAUCGCAGUGCAGAUUGCGGUCCGAUUGAUGCAGGUGGACUUCAACAGCGAGGAGGGGCUGUCGAGUUAUGACAGCCUGGUCGCGAUCCUGCAGGUUCUGAGUCGACAGCAGCAGGAUUCGCAGCUUACAGAUUAUUUGGUAGAAAACUUCUUCCAGCAUAUACUCCUGCAAGGGAAUGUGCCAGAUGCAUAUGAUGAGACUUUGGGUACCUCUGCCGGUACGAGUUCCGGUCAUGACCUGUUGACAUUGAUUGCCAGAAUCGGCCGAGAUUGCCAUCACAUUACCACUGGUCUUCAGCAGCUUCUCUCGCGGCCGCUGGACAGUGAGUUCGCCAUGGACGUCCGGCAUGUGUCCUUGUGCUUUGCAUCCGAGUUCCUGGAGGUUAGCGAUGAAGCUCUCUGCUUAGCCGCGGCAGUCAGCACUCAGACAAAUGGUCUGAGUUCGCCACUACUGGUCGCUGACAGCCUGCGUUUUUUCCAAAGGGUAUGCGCGCGAGGCGUGCUGUUUAGUGACAAAGCGCAGCUGUUCAAGGUUGCGCUCAGUCUUCUGAAUGCAGAAGUGGUUUUGGAAGGGCUGGCAGUUCUGACUGAAGUGUCAAAAUCUGCCGACUCGCGAGUGUUAUUUGCGGCACACUUUCAAGAAGUGUGGUCAAACCCUCAGAUGCCGCUAAGUUUGGUGAAUGGCUUCUGCCGAUGCAUGCGCAACUGCGUAGCUGUGGCCGAAUUGGUCGCCUUAGCAGAUCCGCUGCGACAGGACGUGUUGAAGCAGUUGGCUGAGUGGGAUCCCAGAUAUGUGAAUGGGCACCAGCUAGCGCUGACAGAACGUCGAUUUGGCGCUCUGGGCGGACUGGCACCCUUGGGAAAUGAGUUUGAGCAGCCGAUCAUCCAGGCACUGCAGACCAGGCUGUGUGGACAAUAUCCAGAACACCUGCUGCCGUGUGCUGCGCCUCUACUAGCUGCUCUUGCCAAGAGCAGCAGCGAGUGCGGAUUGCGCCUGGCUGACAGCGUGUGCGUGGCAAUGGCAGCUCUCCCAGCCGAGAGUGAGCUGCAAGAGCACACGCUGGACUUGUGUGAAGUUCUACUAGAAGCUCCAGCAACUUGUGUGAGCGAAGCUUUGGUUGUCCUUUGGACCAAAUGCUGCGGCUGUCACAUCCGGCGCUGCUUCGAACUGAUGAGCAAGGCCCCGCUGACUCAAAGGUCCUUCGAGUGUUUGUCUGUCGGGCUUGGCCAUCCAGAUGGACAUAUCCAGCAGCUGGCUGUGCGCUCUCUAACGGACAGACCCUUCCAGGGAGAUGUCUCAGACAUGUUGCCACGUGUCCUGCAAAUUGCGGUCUAUCAGGAUGGACCCCUUCUUGAACGUCUGGCUGAUUUGUUUCUGGUCUAUACAACUGCUUCUGCAUUGAUGGCAGCAGCCAGUAAGCUUGUGGUGGGAAUAACCGACCAUAUCUUGAGGGCGAUGGUGCUGCAGAGCUUCGAGAAGCUAAGCACCCAGCACGAGGAUCCCAAAGCACACUUCUUGCGGUUCGUCGCGGAGAUGAGGGCUCUGACACUGUAG